UUCUAUUCCUUUAACCGUGCAAGUAACUUAACUUCUCUCAACAAAAUGUUUCGCCGUUUAAAUCUUUUGUAAAUUUCGUGAAAUAAAUGAAGUACCUUUUCGUAUAACGCGUAUUCGCGAGUUCAUUUCACCAAAAUGACGUUUAAUUUGUGGAUAUUACGCGACAAAAGAAUAUCACGCCGGAUAAUAGUGAUUAAUUUGUUACUGCUGUCGUUGAUAUCUUUACUCAUGCUGGGCUCCAGCGAAGGAAUGAAUGUAAAAGAAGACACCGCUGCCAUCGACCCUUCUACGAGUAGCUCCAGCGCAAACGACACGCAGCUCGCUACGAAUACCAGCUCCGAACACAUUGUAGAAAAAAAUCAAACCACGAUGAAAAAUGAGACCAACUCAACAGAAACGUCUUAUUGUGCGGAAAACAUUAAAUCGGAGCCGAAAAGCGCCAAUUUCAUAUUGCUUUUCAUUCCAAUAUGCGUUUACAGUUUCCUCGGCAUCACCGUCACUUGCCAUUAUUAUUUUGUUCCUUCUAUGUCGCGAAUUAGCGAAGAUUUCAAACUGAGCGAAGAUAUAGUAGGAGCAACAUUCAUGGCAGCUGGAAGUUCAGCACCUGAACUCGCAACUGUACUAAUUGCAGUAUUUUUCACCAAAAGUGAUAUCGGUAUAAGCGACGUGAUAGGAUCAGCAGUUUUCAAUAUGCUAUUUGUGAUCGCUCUUUGUGGAUUAUUCGCAACCACUGCACUACAUCUUAAUUGGUGGCCUGUCAUAAGGAAUUGUUUCUUUUACACAAUUAGCAUCAUGGUGAUGUUAUUGGCCAUCGCUAAUAAACAAGUAUCUUGGUUGGAAAGUCUUUUGCUCAUUAGUGUUUACGUGUUGUACUGUGUUGCAUUGUACUAUAAUGAAUUCCUGGAAGCGUGGGCCAAUACUUUACCACUGCCGUUUAAUAAAAUGCAGAAUGAAGACGUCAAAGAGAUGGACGCUCACUAUAUUCCUCUCGAAGAUCGUAAAAUGUCUACAUACGCUCCUACAACUGAACGUAAUAGUAUCGUGCAAUCUAAUGGCAAAGUUAUCAGCAGUAUUCAACAUACCUAUCAGUCUAGUCCUAAGCCGGACUCGGGAGCUGAGCCGAAUGAGGAUUCUAAACCAUCUUUAGCUCCAAAUGCUGGUUUAAUCGAACAAAUGAAGUAUUAUUUCAUCAGUCCUGUAUACUUUGUGUGCAAAUUGACCAUACCAGAUUGGCAACAUAGCGCGAUAUUCAAAUCUUAUUUGUUAACCUUUACCGUGUCAUUAUUCUGGAUAUCUGUGUAUUCUUACAUCAUGAUUUGGACCAUCACUCUGAUAGGAGAAAUCUUGAGAAUACCAAGCACAGUAAUGGGAUUAACGCUAGUCGCAGCUGGAGUCAGUGUACCAGACGCUGUAACAAGCUUAAAAGUGGUAAAAGAAGGGUAUGCUGAUAUGGCAGUAUCGAAUGCAGUGGGAAGCAAUAUUUUUGACAUAUUGAUUUGUUUAGGGAUUCCUUGGUUUUUAAGGACUGCCCUGAGUGGAUCUGGCAGCCAUGUUACUGUUUGCAGUAAAGGUAUGGUUUACUCCACAAUAAUGCUUCUCUCUACCGUUGUUUUACUCGUAACAGCCAUUCAUAAAAAUGGUUGGAAACUGGAUAAAAAAUUCGGAACUAUUUUAAUCAUCGGAUACGCUGUUUUUAUUACCGUUGCAACAAUAUACGAACUCGUUGGUCCUGGUGUGUCCGGAGGCUGCUGCAGUGGCGUUUAAAUUGGUGUAUGGUAUAUAUCAAGUGUGAUAAAGUUGCGUAAUGAUAGAUUUGAAGUUGAGUUUUGUUACCUAUGUAAAUUAAAAUAAUCAAUUAAAAAAUCAACGAGGGAAAAUUUGCUCACGAUGAAGAAUUAAAUAAGUAUUAAGUAUAUCUAUGCGAAUUAGUUUUGGGUCCAAUUCAUGAAAAAUAUAUUCACUACUUUUCUAGUCUUCAUCUAUAUACAGAGUAGAAAGUUUGAAAAAAUAAACGUUAGUACCUAAAUCAGUAAAUCAGAUAUUCAACCAGAGUUUAAUCAAUGACGAUGAUACGUAUUUUGAAUUACUUACUUAACUCAAAUUAAAUUUAGAUCGGUGCGGUGAAUUUUCAAGUCUUUUUCAAAAAAAUGUUUCUGUUUUUCAGAUGAAUAAAACUGCGAAAUUUUACCGGUAUUUUAAAAAAUUAAUUCGAUCUUGAGCUCAAGUUGCAUAGUUUCGUAAUUCGUUGAAAUUGAUAUAAUUUUCUCCUCGAAACAAAAUAUUUUAAUUCUUUUGUAGUUAUGUUGGAAUUUUAUUUCAAAGUCAUUCCUUUUCGUUAUUCUAAUCGAAUAGUAAAUUACGUUUAAUAAUUUAUAAUUUGUUAUUAUUUAUAUUUAUUUUUACACGUUUAUAAAAAUGGAUAAAUGAUUGGCAAUAUUUCGAGAUCUCUAUACUUCCUUUACUUAUUGGCGGUUUUAUCGCGCAAUUGCUUUUUAUUUCUAUUCUGUGAUUAUACGUAUAUGAAUAAUAAGUUCUUCUUUGUUGAUUGUUGACUUGUUUUUAAAUUGUUAUGCUUUUUAAUAUUUUAUUGAAACGUGUUCUUUAAUUAAUUUCUAAGACUGUAAGAUAUUUUAUCAAGUUUGAAUUCUUUCAAUAAUAAACUUGUAUCUACUAUACUCGUACGUGAGAAGCAAUUUAGAAAUGUCUCAGGUCUUCUAGCUCGAACAAAGAUUCAAAGAGAAGCGUGAAACGAACAAACUAAGCAUUUAACGUGUAUUUUGUAUUAUGUAAUUUUCUAAUUUGUACUUUUUAUUUAAUAUGGCGCGGAGGGUUUUAUUAAUAAUUUCUCAACUCGAUCAUUUCUAAUGAUAGUUGUUUACCUACUGCUUGAAAGAGAUGGAUUUAUGAUAACUUGUCGUUGAUUUAGAACUAGAUACUUAUGUUUUUGAGAAUAUUUCAAAGAAAUAAAAAUAAACGACAAUACUUUCGUGUGAUUUUUUCGUUAAAAUACUAGCUAAAGACUGAAAUAGAAAAAAAAAAACAAAAUGGCUUGAUAAUUUGCAUCUUCUUUGUCAAAUAGAUUUAGAAAUCUGUAGACACUUGAUUUUUAAUCGCAAUUCAACGAACGUUUGAGAAAAUUUAUUUUUAAAAGAACAUAAAAACCGAAUUUAACGUAAUAAAAAAUAAGAUUAAGAAUG